AUGCUAAAGGGUUGCCUAUGGCUGAGGAAGAGUGCUCCAAAAAGGAAAAGCUUGGAACAAGGGAUUCAGAGUUCAAUGGAGAAGGUGUGGUUGCAAUCCACUGAAUGGAGAAGAAGUUGGCUGGGUGACCACACCCAGCAGGGCCACAGCCACAGGGCAAGCAGGAAAACAACCUCUGGGAGGUGGACCAGCUGGGGCAGGUGGGCAGGUAUGCAGAGAGACCUGGGACUUCGCUGCAGGUGCGAGGCUCAGAUCACACAGGGUCUAUGUCUGGAGGUCCCCGGGAAACUGUUUAGAGGAACAGGUAGGCUGAGCAGCAGGGUCAGCACAGAGCAUCAAGGAUGCUGCUAG